AUGAAAUCUGAUGUAACAGGUACGAUGAUCUUCUUAUUCUAAGUACCAGCAAUACCUAUUUGUUCAACACAAGAGCUAUCUUAAAGUAAUAAUCCAAGAUCAGGCCAUUGGACACAAGCAGAACACAAACUCUAUCUUGAUUUUCUUUAUCAGUCCUAAGAUUUUAUUGAAUCAUCUUAAAAUAACAAAGGAUAAAGAUUAUUCAAAAAAAUGAGUUAAGUAAUUGCCACAAGAAGUCCAAGUUAAUGCAGGUAUAAUUUUCGUCAACCUAUAACAACAACAGAUCACAUCACCAAAAGUUCAAUCCAUUUAAUGUUCAAAUAAUAAAAAGAAAAAAAAGUAGUAAAUUAUCUAAGCCAACCAAAGAAAUGCCACCUUAAAUCAGAAGUAAAUAAUAUUUCCGAAAAUUAUUUGCCUCUUUUAAAGAUCAUAGUUCCGAAUCUAUGUCAGAGGAGGAGCUAAAUCAAAAUAUUUAAUGAAUAAAUAUAUUAUAUUGAAUUUAGUAUGCAAAACUUUCUAUCAAUAUAACUUAUGUUUUAUUCACUCAUUAAUUCUGACCAUACAAAAUUCACUAUUUUUCAUAAAUUAAAUACUUUUUGUAUUUAGAAAGAGAGCAAUCAAACUAUCUAAAAUUUAAUGUACACUAAAUAUAUUAAUAAGUAAUUGUUUACUAAUACAAUUUUGAAAUCAGGAAACAUCCUUUAUUUCUAAUAAAUUAUUGUUAAAAGAAAACCAUUAUUCAAUUUAAAAAUAUACAAUUAAUUUUAAUUAGUUUAUUUUUUUAGAGACUAUUCUGUUUCAUUUUGA